CAGCCUCCGGCUCGGCGGAGGGGCCGCAGGCCGCGCCCGCUCCUCCAGCCCCGCCGCCGGGGAGGGGUUUCCCGGGAGGAGCCGGCCCCUUUCAUCCAGGAAGUGAAAGCGACGUCGGGGUCAAUGAAAACAAACGGGGAGCCCGGGGGGAAAGGAAGGCGAGCGAGGAGGAGGGAGCGCCUGGGAGCGGGAGGGAGCAGCCGGGCGGUGGGAGCGCGUGCGGGAGGCCGGCUGCGGUCGCGAUUUUGCCGCCGCCGUCGCCGGGGCUCGCCCGGGGAUGUCUGAGCCCGCGUCUCGAGGCCCCCGAGCUUCACGCGGCGGCCGCCGUCCUGGCCUCUGAGGGCCGCCACGUCCCAGCAGCGCGCGCGGGCUGAGGGCGGCUCGGUGCCGGCUGGGGGCGCCCGGGGAGGGGCCCGGGCUUGUGGUGAGGGGCUGCCCAGGACCCGCGUUUCCCCCUUCACCGCGGCCGGCGCCGGGCCAGGAGGAUGCGCGGCGCCAGGCUCUGAAGCAUGGAGGGAGUUCUGUACAAGUGGACCAACUAUCUCACAGCAAUACGGUUUAUUUUAAAAGUUCUCUUGUUGAAGUUGUUCAAGCCUAGCAAGCAAGAUUUUGGAAGCUUUUCCCAGAUAAUAUUCUCUUAGGGGUUGAUUGUCAACGAGGUAUCCUUAUGGUUUGGAAUUCAGGUUGGCAGCCUCGUUGGUUUGUUUUAGAUAAUGGAAUCCUGUCCUACUAUGAUUCACAAGAUGAUGUUUGCAAAGGGAGCAAAGGAAGUAUAAAGAUGGCAGUUUGUGAAAUUAAAGUCCAUUCGGCAGACAACACAAGAAUGGAAUUAAUCAUUCCAGGAGAGCAGCAUUUCUACAUGAAGGCAGUGAAUGCAGCUGAAAGACAAAGGUGGCUGGUUGCUCUGGGGAGCUCCAAAGCCUGUUUGACUGAUACUAGGACUAAAAAAGAAAAAGAAAUAAGUGAAACCAGUGAAUCUCUGAAAACCAAAAUGUCUGAGCUUCGCCUCUACUGUGACCUCCUAAUGAAGCAAGUUCAUACGAUCCAAGAAUUUGUUCAUCAUGAUGAGAAUCAUUCAUCUCCCAGCAUAGAGAACAUGAAUGAAGCCUCUUCUCUACUUAGUGCCACGUGUAAUACAUUCAUCACAACGCUUGAGGAAUGUGUGAAGAUAGCAAAUGCCAAGUUUAAACCUGAGAUGUUUCAGCUGUCCCAUCCGGAUCCCUUAGUUUCUCCUGUGUCACCUUCUCCUGUUCAAAUGAUGAAGCGUUCUGUCAGCCACCCUGGUUCUUGCAGUUCAGAGAGGAGUAGCCACUCUAUAAAAGAACCAGUGUCUACCCUUCACCGACUCUCCCAGCGACGCCGAAGGACCUACUCAGAUACAGAUUCUUGUAAUGAUGUUCUUCUUGAAGACCCAGAUAGACCUGUUCACUGUUCAAGAAAUACACUUAAUGGAGAUUUGGCAUCAGCAACCAUUCCUGAAGAAAGCAGACUUAUGGCCAAAAAAAAAUCUGAAUCAGAAGAUCCUCUUCCAUCCUUCUCUUCCUGAGGAAACAGAAGUGUCCAACUUCCUCUAAGUAUUGCUAUGCAAAAGCUGCUGUAAUUAAACUAUGUUAUAGGGAGUAGUUUUUCCCUUAGGAUUUCUCUGCACUUUAUAGAAUAUUGUAAAACAAACAAACAAAAAAACAACCCACAUACCUUUGAAGUGUAUUUUAUCUUUAUACAGUUUAUUUGCAAGAGUAUUUUCCUAAUAACUUCACAGUAUGAAUGUGCAUCUUUUUUUUUUUUUUUUUAAACCAAUGAUUGUGUAACGUUUUGACAUCUGUAAGGACAAAUGUAGAUAUUUUUCUAACAAACUGUGAGGGACUGACAUCUUAGUCAGUGUGUAUUGUAGCUUAUAAACAUGAAAUCUUAUUAACUUAAGGUUUCAGUUUGACAGAAGUGUGAUAUACGUGACUUGUGCCAUGGACCAAAUGGUCACUUUACCCCAGCUGAAAGUGAGUUACGGUUGCAGCUUGAUGGUGUUUGUAUUAUAUUCCUUUAAGCAAAAAGGAAGCAUUUAAUAUUUGAAAUAUUUUUACCCUAAAUACCAUGACAUUGAGGAUUUUUUAAAAACCAGACUGUGCUGUCCUUCAUAUAUGAAGUUGACACUACUGAUUUGCCAAUACCAAAUGUUGGGUUAAAGUAUUUAAUUUUUACUUAUUUAUUUUUCUGUUGCAUCAAAAAAAGGAUUGCAUCCCAACUUUUAUGACCUACCAAAUUUAAGAUAUGUAUACAUUGUUAUUUACAUUGUUCGAGAAAAGGUUAAUGUUGUAGUGACUUUGCUCACUUCCACCAGAGAAAUAAAUGACUUGCAAUGGAAGAGGAUUUUAGUGCUUUUUUCCUAAAAUAGACAUUAAGCUGCUGUUUUAAGGUAUUAAUGUUUGCAGCUCUUUAGAAUAUCUAGACAUUUUUUAUUUAUAAAUAUUUAUAAAAAAGGAAUCUGUCAAGGUGACUGCCCUACGUAACUUGAGAAUGGCAUUAUUUAAUUAAAGAACAAAUAGCAUUUUUUGGUAGUGCCUGUCCAUACCUAUUGUCAGUGUUUGCCUUGUAAACUGUUUUUUCAGUUCACUUUGGAGUGACGGUUUUGUCCAAGGUUUUGGAUGAGGAGCACUUUAAAACAAACUGGUUUGGUGUUUUUUAGUUAAUCAUAUGUUUAAUAAAUAUGUGGUUUUUGCAUUCGAACUCAUCAUAUAAUACAUUGUAUUUUUUACAUUUAUUAAUAGCUUGUCUGAUCUUUAUCAAGUGGUAAUAAUAUUCUUUAUUGCUUUGAUUUUACUUGUAUAUUCAGACAUAGUAAAUACACAAUGACACAUAUUUUUAGUUUUUUUGCUGGUGAGCUUAGGAUAGUGUGUCCUAUUUCAUUUUAAAUUUCUCUUGUAAGUUUAUGUGGGGAUUUUUUAAAAAGAGUUAAUAUUUGGUAUUUCCUUAUUAAAAUAAGUCUGUCGUUAUAGGCUUUCUUCCUUAAGUUUAAAAUGGACAUAAACAAUCUAUAUACAUUAAUAUACAUUUAGAUAAACUGUAUGCUACUUAAAGUAUUUGUGAUUUUAAAUAACACAUAGGUCAUUAGACUAUGUUAAGAGGAAUCUUUUUCUGCUCAUAUGUUGUACUUCAUAUGUCUGAUUUGAGAAAAAAGUUUGAUAAUGUAGUGUUUUCAUGUUGAGCGAGUAAUCAGGUUUUUUGCUUCUUCUAUUUUUUUAUUUUUUGUAGUAAGAAUGAGGAGUGAUAAGACCGUGAAGGUCAAGGUGCUACUAAUUGUGGGAGUUUUUCUGGUAGUUUUUUUUUUUUAACCAAUUGGUUUAUAAUGAAAACACUAUAACAAAGCUUUUGAACUCAUGGAAAAUAAAUCUAUUUUCUAUUGCUUAAUCCAAAAAUAUGAGUUCCUAAACAGUUUUAUGUAAAUGUUUUUAAAAAUAAAAUACAGUUAUUUCUGGUUCAUAUCAUUUUUUUCUCCUUGAAACAGGUGCUUUGAACACGUUUGCUAUAUUCCUAAGUAUGGCUUUUAUUGUGACUGGAGCCACCUUUUUUCCCUAAGGAACCAACACAUUUGUGAAAUUAUUUUUUUUAAAGGGAUAUCAAUGUAUCUUGAAUUACAUCUAGGUUUUGAUCUUGAGUUGGUAGCAUGAAGCAACCUUUAAAUCUUCCGGGAACCUUGAGGAGCCCAGUUUAUUUUCAAGUGUGACUGACUUUUCUGAAUUUUAAGAAAAAAUGAACCAAAUAAGAACAAUUUCAUAAGAAUUUUAGUUUGUUAGGAUUUUCUGUAAUGUAUAACUAUUGGUUGUUCUUGUUUUGCUUUAUCUAAGCCAUGGGGUUAUUGAGAAAUUUGGAGACUCUUGGUAUAUCAGUGAUCUACUAAGCAGAACCAGUGCUUGCUUUUGUUUUGAAGUGCGUGGUUUCUGUUGUGUGGGAAUCCAAGGUUUCUGUGAUUAAAGCAACUUUGAUGAGAAUUCUUUUGUAAAUGGACCAAAUUUGAACUUUGUUAUAGUACACCGAAUUAUUGUAUUAUCUUCAACUAGGAUAAAUCCAGAAAUGGAUGCUAUUGCUUACAUUCCAAGGCAAGAGAUAUAAAGUGUCUUCAUUUUGACAGUCGCCAUGGAACUUCACCCUGAAUUGUAGAUUUUCACUGUGUGUUAUUAUGCUUAGUGUUUAGAAAUUAUCAUAAGAUCUCAGGAAAUGUAUCCUUGUAAUAUGUCAGUAUUUUAUUGCUGUUUAUACUGAUUUUGUACACAUUAUCGUAUCAUUAAUUUGGACUCUGCCAAUUCUUUGUUUCUUUUAUUAAAUGAAGUGCCUCUGGGUCUGUGCUUUGACCCUUGCUUCUGCCACUUGGUACAGAGGGAAUAUCCUGGCCUGUAAGAAAGCUUGGUUAGGCUGCAGGAGCUCCUUUGCGGAGGUCUCUCUGUGAAUAGCCCUGGUGGGGUAAGUAAUUGUAGCUGGUAGAUAGGGCUUCCUUCUCAUGCUUUCCAGUUCCACAGUCCUCCUUUCUUUGAAUUCAGACUGAAUUUUUUUUUUUUUAAUUAGCUUUCUUUUUACUAAAGUAAUUCAUGUACAUAAUUUAAAAAAUCAAAUAGAACUAGGAGGCUUAUAAUGAAAAGGAGUAGUUCCCUCUCUUACAGCCCUGGAGACAAGUACUUUUAGCUCUUAGUGGUUUGUUCCAGUAUUUACCUUCCUAUUUGAAAAUAUGUUUUAUUACGCUUUCUUGAUUUGUCAAUUUUAGAAAUGACUUUUUGAAUUCCUUUUAUGGCAAGCAGGAUCACUUUUCUUAUAUCUUUACCUCCCCAAUUCCUCCCAUUGCAGAUUAAUCACAACUUUUUGUUGAAUUGAUAAAUAUAAAUGUUGUGUAUUGAUCAGUAUCAGUUAUUUCCUGUCACUGUUUCCUUUCUACUAGAAUCUUAUUUUUCUUCGAAUUACAAUCAUAAUUGCCUGAUUUUAAAAUUUGCUUCGUUUUUUAUGUACCUGUCACAGUGAUUUUCCGAAGGCUUAAAUGCUAAAAAAAAAAAUCAGAUAAUCUAUCAAUUCCUUUUUUUUUUUCUUUUCCCUUUGGGGACAUUUUUUCCACAGUCCUUCAUCUUCUGCCAUCUGGACCAUUGCUCUCCAGGCGCAUGCAUGGCUCUGUGGUCACUCUGGGAUCCCUUUGUUUUUCAGUCUCAGGUUGGAUCUCCUGUUUAUUGGAUCUUCUUUCUUGAUUUACUGCACUUUUUUUGCCAAAGCAUAUCCACUACCAAAAACUUCCUGGGAAAAUGUGCAUGAGAGGUAAAGAUUUUGAGGCUUUAUAGGUCUGAAAAUGUCUCUGUUCUUGAUUGAUUGGUAAUUUGGAGUCUCUGUUGAAAAUAAUUUUCUCUUAGAAUGUUAAAGGCAGUGCUCCAUUGUCUUAUAGUCUUCAUGAUUCCUGUGAAAAUUCUGAUACCAUUCUUUUACAUGGGACCUGUUUUUACACUCUGGAAGCUUUUAAGAGCUUCUCUUUACCCCCAACAUUUCAUGAGGUUGUCUAGGUCUUUAUUCAUUCAUGUUGGUGGGUAUGUGACUUGGUGGAAUCUUUCAAUUUGCAGACUUGUGUACUUCAAUUCUGGCAAAUUCUUUGUGUUACUUUUUGAUAAUUUUCUCUCCUCCAUUUUCUCCAUCCUGUUUUUCUAAAAUUCCUGUCAUUUGAAUGUUGGACCUCCCAGGUUGAGCCUCUAAUUUUAAAAAUCUUUCCUCUCCUAAAUUGUAGUAUUCUGAUUGUUCUUUUUCUAUCCCUCUAGCUUUUCUGUUGAAUUAUUUUUUAGCUGUAUCUGUUAAUUUCUAAGAUAUCUUUUUUGCUCUGUUCUAUUUUCUUGAGGGUGAUUGUGUUUUUUUUUUUUUCUCAUGGCUUUCCUGUUUCCUGCAUUGUUUCCUGUUCUGUUUGUUGUGGGCUGUGUCUUCCAUUCUGAAGGCUUUAGGAAGUUGGAGUGGUCAUCCAUUCAUAUUAAGAAUUAGGUACUGAAAAGCUAACUUCGUGGUUCUUUAUGUGUGGGCUGGGUUUAUCAGUUUUCUGCCUUCAGGCAGAGAGCUGGCCUUUUUUUCUUGGAGUUCCCUAAAUUUCAGAGGAGGUCUUUUCUUUGGAGCUAUUCAGUUUCUCUAGGAAGGAUUCCUGGGUACUGGCAGGAGGGGGUGGCAGGGGAAAGGGCUGGGAACUCCAUAGUUUGUAUGGUGGUUUUUACUUAAUCCUUCUAAUUUUGGACUCCCCAUACCCUGCCCUACCCCAUCCCAGUCUUCUAUGUUGGGUGACCCUCAGGUUCAGUUUCUCCUGUGGAUGGGGUUUGGGGAUGGGUGGGUUGUCUGGCUGUGGAGAGUGGGAGAGGACCUGGGGUCCAGUUGCUCAUUUUACAGACGUCUAGUCCUAACUUCAGCUCUAUGCCUCACCCCCUUUUUCUGCCGUACCUGCUGCUUCCAAGUCCUGAACUUGUCAGGUGUUUGGUGAGUGUAUUUGUUAGUUGCUCCCUUCUGGGUACAUAGGCUUUAACUUCCUCUACUCUGCUAGGUUAGUUAUCACACCUCCUCCUGGUUUUUAUUUUUAUAAACUUUGUUGAAAUCUCAUGGCUACGUAGUCUGUUCUGACAUGUUGGUCAGUCUGUCAUGUUUAACUGGAAGUCUAGGUUUAAACUGUAAUAAUGUGUAGAAAAUAAAAUUUUUGUAGUAUUGUUCUGUAAUUCAUUCUUUCCACUCUAAUGAUUUUCAGUUAAUAUGGUUUUACUAUACUACCUACCUCAUAGGGUUGUUGUGAGGAUUAGAAGAAUCAAUACAUAUGAAGCACUUAGAACAGUGCCUGGCACAUAGUAUGUGUUAAUAAGUAUUAGCUAUUAUUAAUAUUGUCACCAUUAUUAUUAUUACUGCUAUCACUCUUAAUUCAAUAAUCUGUUUAGACUUGAGUAAAGGUGUUUUCACUAAAGGAAGAAUUAUUGAUAUAUGGGAAAAUCUAGUGUUUGAUAUUAUUAUUAUUUUUUAAGAUUUUUUUAGAUGGACCAUUUUUAAAGUAUGUAUUGAAUUUUUUACAAUAUUGCUUCUGUUUUAUGUUUGGUUUUUUUUGGCUGAGAGGCAUGUGGGGUCUUUAUUCCUCAAGCAGGGAUCGAACCCACACCCCCUACACUGGAAGGCAAAGUCUUAACCACUGGACCGCCAGGGAAUUCCCUAGUGUUUGAUAUUAUUGACCUUACAUUUAACUAGACUUCACAUGAAAUAUUCGGAAUAAAUGUUAUGUAAGACACCUUAAAGCCUUAAAAAUGCAGUCACUAAUAGUUACACUAAAAGUUUUCAAAGCAUAUAAUAAUGAUUUUGAUGUGGUUUUAAGCUUUAUUGGUAUUGCUUUAUUUUAAUCAUCUAAAUAUGAAGUAGAGAAAACAAAGUUAUGGAGGUGAUGUUUAUAUGCCUACAGCCAAUAGAUGAGAUACUCUUUGAAUAUAUAGACUAUAGAAGUAGAGAAAUAGUGGACUCCAGUCACUGCACCUAUGACCUAGUGGAUGUUUGUAUACUUUUCAGAAAAUGCUUUGAACUUAUGUGAAGCAGAAUGUCUGCAUUUGCUCAAUUUUAACUAUCGUCUUUGUGUCUGGAUUAAGAGUGUAUAUGAUAACACUGAAUUCUAAUUCUUAGAGGUGAACUGUGAGUAGGUACUGAUACUACUCUUUUUAUGGAUAGUGAGUUGCAUACUUCGAGGAAGGGGAUUUUUAUUUGUAAGGAGAUUUGCAUUCUCUCUCGCUAAAGUAGAGUCCCAUGGUUGUGACAAGUGGCUAUAGAUAUCAGUACCACUAGAGAUGCUGGAAAUUUUUCUACAAAAAGAAUGGCCAUUUGCUUAGUGUGAAUAAACCCCUUUGCAAAUUACCAGGAUGACUUUGGUAGGACAGAUAAAACAGGUAGCCAUGGGCAGGGUCAAACAGUGCCUGCUACUAGCUUUGAAGCUGGCAUUUCCCCACCCCCACACCCCCACCCCGAUGUAAAUAUAUUAUCUUUAUUGUGUCCCCUUAUUCUUUGCUUUGAUGUUUCAUCUCUGGAACUUUACUGUCUACAUCUUUAGAGCCCUUAUGCUGCCUCUUCUCCAAAUGCAGCUACUAAUCUAGUAUAUUUUCAUAGGAUGGAAUUUCCCCUUUCUGUCCUAUAAUGUGCUCCUCUUUCCCCCCCCACCCCCAGUAGUAUUUUGUUGGUCUCUUUGAUAAUAAAACACUUAAUAUGGGCCAGCUGCUUUACCUCAUUUUAGCUUCAUAACAAAGAUGUUAAAGUAUAAGAAUACAAGAGCAACCAGGAUACACAGAACUAAGAUGAACUCACAUGUGAUUGAUUAGAAUGAUAAAUAUUUCGUAACUAUAUCCUGAAACAAGUAUUUAAAUUACGCCUUCAUUUAGUUUAUAUGCUUCUGGACUAAUGUUAGUUGCUGAAUAAAUGACUAACCCAGAAUUUAUAAAACCCAGAACUAUGGAAGGGAGGAUUACAUUUUGAUUAAUUGCAAUAGAUUAAACAAGUGAAUUAACAUACAGGAAUAUUAGCAAAUUAAGUAAUUCCUUUGACAUCAGUGAGGGGUAAUAUAUUCAGAAUACCAAAGAUGAAUAAGAUAUAUGACUCUAAUGAAUUUCCUCAGUGUCAGAGUGAGAGGAGGAUGCUGUUGAUAGUUGUGCUUUUGAAAGUUGUCACAAAGAAUGUUUUAUGCACUUAAAUCUCAAUAUAAAGUAUAUUACCAGAUUUGGUAGUAUGGGGACAGUUAGGAACAAAGGAGAGAGAAUAGUGUCAUAAAAGGAUCCAUGGCUGUCAGGAGCUAUACCCACACACUCUUCUUUCCCACCCUCUCUUGGUAUUAGUAGGCAGAGGUGGUCAUUUUGGGUGAGAUGUAGCAGUUUAGGAUUGAAGAAUAAUGAAGAAUACUUAUGUGUAAUGAAAAGGAGGGGUUCUAGGAAAGCAUUCCAGUCCCGCUCAGUGCUAUCAUCUCUCUCUCCCAGCACUUUGGACUCUGAGAGAGCUGAGUGAUUCCCCCCAUUCCUCUUUUUUUUUUUUUUUAAAGCAGUACCUGAAUACAUUCUUUUUACUGAGUAAUCAUUUAGACGAUGUGAAUAAAGUGAAAGUUCACUUUGACACCCCACUCUCCCAGGGAUAAUCACUAUUCUGCUGUGUAUCCUUCCAGACCUUUCCUCUAUGCUUUGACUUUUAUUUUAUGUAAGUGUAAGUGACUCUUAUGCAGUCAUUCAGAUCAGCUUAUCAAAAGCAAGGUGCUUAAGUAAACAGUGGCACAUCUAUGUGGUACAGCUGGUAAUAAAGGAGAAGGUGACUCUACAUAUCUCUGUAAGUAUUUGUAGUGUGUGACAGUAGAAUAAUUCUGACCUCUGCCGUUAUUGACCUGACAUUCUAGCUCUUUUAUUUUCUUUUUAACCCUUCUAUGCAAGGAACUGUGAAUUGAUGGCUUUUUCUAGAUAGCUAGAAUGAGGCCACUUUCUUUUGAAAGACAAUCCUGGAGUUUCUAGUGCUUUUCUUUUUUUUUUUUUUUUUUUAAAGAACUUUUAUUGAGAUACAGUUAAGAUACAAUAAACUGCAUAUAUUUAGAGUGUACAAUUUGGUAUUUUUUUUCUUAUUAGUAAUGUAUAUAUGGCAAUCCCAAUCUCCCAGUUCAUUCCCCCCCAAGCCUCCCCACUUUCCCCACGUGGUAUCCAUAUGUUUGUACUCUACAUCUGUGUCUCUGUUUCUGCCUUGCAAACUGGUUGUCUAGUGCUUUUCUUUAAUUGUGUGUGUGUGUGGGGGGGUUGGUGUGUACAGUUUUGUAUGCAUAUUUUUCAAUUGUGGACAGUGCCAUAUUGUUUUGAGAUGUGUUUAGUUAUUUAUGUUCAGUUUUACAAUUGAUUUUACAAGUUGACCUACAAAGGAUAAAAUAAGUUUGCUGUAGAAGCUACCACAACUUGGUCAAAAUAGUGUGUGUUCUUUGUUUGUUUGGCAGCAAUCAGAAGUGUGGCCUAGAGAUGGUAAAAGUUAAGAGUCCAGAUUUCUGUCUUGGAAUGUGUACAUGAUUAAAAACCUUCAUUUGACAAAUUUAUAUGGUAAAUGAGCAUGCAAGAAAUACCUCUUAAGUCUUACCAUCAGAAUCAGACUCUGUACUUAAAUAAGAAAUUUCUAUACUUGCCCUUUUCCUGUGGCAUUUGUGGUUACUAGGUUAUACAAGUGUUUCAGCAUGCCUUCAGAACUGGCAUAUCCAGACAAUUGUUUAGAGUUCCUUGCCGAGACAUCCCAUCUUGGGUGAGGCCUUAGAAUGCAAGUCAUACAUACAGCUUCUAUUCGACUUUACUAUUUUGUUUGUUUUCUUGUUUUGUGGUUGUUGGCCAGAGAGAAGUGUGAGGCAGUAAAUACCUGUGGUUUAAUGUACUUGACCAUUGACAUACUGUCUUUGGGUUUUUUUUUCCCUCCUAUGCCAACUCUGCUCAGUUAGUUGUGGCUUUCGGGGAUUCUGAGUUUGAGGCUAGGAUCAGCAGAGAGUGACCUACCUACUUGAUUAAUGGUGUCUGCUGUGGGCUUGGUGAGGAACGUGUGGGAAUGGUGGCAAGGAUAGACUGUCAUCCAGAUUAUAGGGCAAUGAUGAUGGUCUGACUGCAGAACUUUGCUAGAUUACAUUUUUAAGCACUCACAAUAAACAAAGUUGAACAAUUCAUAAUUGAUUCCCUGUUUUCAGUUUCCACUAUCAUACUAGGGUGAACUUAAUCAUGUGUAUAUAUUUUUAAAUGAAAACAAAAAUAACCAUCAUCUCUCGCUAUUCAGGGCAAGUGUAUAUGUGUGCAUGGGUAGUGCACACCACUAACCUACUGGCAGUGCCUUUGUGAAUUCGAAAACCUUUGCAGCCUUAAUGUGGUGCUCAGGAAAACAAAACAAAACAGUGCCAUACUUUUAAAAAACUAUAAAAAGUAUGAGUUUAGGAAGUGAAAUUCUAUAGCAUACUAGUGCUUUGCAUAUGUCACCUUUUGUGUUUGGAUCACCCUUAGUCAUCACUUGAGAGAAGAGUUUUAGUUCAUUUGUGGUUUUGCGUAGGUAGCAAACCUCGUUUGACAAGUUCCCCUUCUUUCUCCUUGCUGUGUUUUUACAAUACAGGCCAUGACUUUUUGGGGAAGAAUGUACAGAUUACAAGUUUUCUUUCUUGCUUUUGUGAAUCAGGCUAUGUUGGCCACACAGUGUCCUUACAUUUGGCCUGAGUCAUGAAGCCUAGCAAAAUGUACCUACCAGUGACCUAUCGUUUUUUGUCCUCAUAACAGUCUCUUUGGGGGGGACAGGUGACUUCCUCAGCUGUAGUUUGCAUCUCUCACUUUCAGAUUUGAAACGUUCAGGUGUUGUUCUUUUUUUUUGGGGGGGGUAUGAAGGGAGUAAAGGAAUGGAUGUAAUUUUUUAGAUGAUCUUUUUAAGUUCAUUACUACCUUGCUCUAGAGACAGUAAAAGGCUCAUGAUGUGAUUUUAUUUUUUUGCCUUCUGUCAAAAUUCUGUAUGUUAUCUCAACCUUCCCUUUUUACCAGCUGUGAAGAAAUCAUGGCUGUAUGUUAUAAAAAUCAUGGUUGAAUGUUAGAAGUAAGUUUCUAAGAGCUUCCCAAUAUUACCUGUAAUUAGCCAAAGAGAGAGUCACAUGAACUUUUCCAAUUCUAACUUUCCUUUUUUCUUCUUCUUACUUGCUUUUUUUUAUCUUUUUCUCUAUUUUUUAAUGGCUCAAACAAAAUAGAAGUUUUUUUUAAUUGAGGUAUAAUUGACAUAUAACAUUAUAUUCAUUGCAGGUAUGCAACAGGAUUUAAUAUUUGUUAACUUUUUCUCCAGUUUUGAUUGAUGGUGAUCUCGUCCCCCCAAAUAGCCUCCUCAGUAUCUACGCAUUUGGUGGACUGUUUUGGAAAAUGAAUCAUUUGGGAAGAGUGGGGAGUUAUUGGGGGCAUCUAAAUUUAGGAUAGGUCAUAUAUUUAUUCACCUCUUCAAAAAAUUUUGUUCAGUAAGUAUUUAUUGACCACUUACUAAGUGCUGUGUUUCUAGUAUUCAUCUUUGCUGUCUAAUUCUCCAGUGUACGUAAAACACUAUUUUUAAUAGUUAAUAUAAAUUGACUAUCUUAACUAUAGUUGGCUUUCAUAAAUUUUCACUUUUUUAGUUAACUAGUUGAAUAGUAUUAAUUAUUCACAUUUGCACGCUAAUAUAAAUAAGCAAGCAUUAGAAAGUAUCAUGGUUUUUUUAAAUAGCUUUUUCUUUGUGUGUAUAAAUAUCAGAAACAUAAACAUGUAAUUUCUUUUUUUGCCUUUUAAAUGUCAAUUUUUGGUUAGUUGUAGCUAAUACAUAUGCUUCUUACAACAAGAGUUUGUGGGUAUUUAAAUGAACAAUUUGUAACUUUAGGAGUUAAAUAAAUUGGAAAUAUUGAAAUUGAUAGAAAAGCUAGUCUCUAAAUAAACCUAGUAACAUAAUAGCAAAAAUGGCUUUAGAUUAAUAUAACUAAGCACUCUAAUUUUGAAACAUUUUCAGGAUAGGAUUUUUAUUCCCAGGGGAAAAAUAAACUUCAUUUAAAAAUAUAUGUAUAAUUAUUUUGUGAGUAUUCUUUUUCCUUCCAAAUGCCAAAAGGUGUACUCUAUUUUUGUUAUGAAAAUCCUGCUUGUUUAAAGUAUUGUAGCAAUUUUAUAAUCAAUAAAACUGAGC